AAGCACUGAUUAGUGGUACAUUCCAACUAGGCCAUCUUUCGGUGUGAAGUCGACGGUGCAGCUUCCUUUGCUACGAGCAGCAGAGGUUUCGUCCUCCGGCCAACAGCAACUGCCAUGGCGUCAACUGAGAUAGCACGGCAAGCGGGUGAAGGAGCUCGUUCUGUCCCUCUGGCUGGACAUGUCGGCUUUGACAGCAUGCCUGACCAGCUGGUCAACAAGUCUGUCAACCAUGGAUUCUGCUUCAACAUCCUCUGUGUUGGCGAGACGGGUCUGGGCAAAUCCACUCUGAUGGACACGCUGUUUAACACCAAGUUUGAGGGGGAGCCCACCCAGCACAGCCAGCCGGGAGUCACGCUCAAGUCCAACACCUAUGAACUCCAAGAGAGCAAUGUUCGCCUUAAACUCACUGUCGUUAACACCGUGGGCUUCGGAGACCAGAUCAAUAAAGAAAACAGCUACAAGUCCAUUGUGGAGUUUAUCGAUGCCCAGUUUGAAGCAUAUCUACAGGAAGAGCUGAAAAUCAAGCGCACGCUACACAGCUACCACGACACACGCAUCCACGCCUGCCUGUACUUCAUCGCUCCAACGGGACACUCACUCAAAUCCUUGGACUUGGUGACCAUGAAAAAACUCGACAGCAAGGUCAAUAUUAUUCCAAUCAUUGCCAAGUCGGAUGCCAUCUCCAAGAGCGAGCUGGCCAAGUUCAAAAUCAAAAUCACCAGCGAGCUCGUCAGCAACGGAGUACAGAUCUACCAGUUCCCCACUGACGACGAAUCUGUGGCGGAGAUCAACUCCACCAUGAACAGCCACUUGCCGUUUGCCGUGGUGGGGAGCACAGAGGAAGUGAAGAUCGGGAACAAGAUGGUGAAGGCCAGGCAGUACCCCUGGGGAACGGUUCAGGUGGAAAAUGAGAAUCACUGUGAUUUUGUCAAACUGCGAGAAAUGCUGAUCAGAGUGAACAUGGAGGACCUGCGAGAGCAGACCCACACGCGCCAUUACGAGCUCUAUCGCCGCUGUAAACUCGAGGAGAUGGGCUUCAAGGACACAGACCCUGACAGCAAGCCCUUCAGCCUGCAGGAAACAUAUGAAGCUAAGAGGAACGAGUUCAUGGGCGAACUGCAGAAGAAGGAAGAAGAAAUGAGGCAAAUGUUCGUCCAAAGAGUAAAAGAAAAGGAGGCUGAGCUCAAAGAAGCAGAAAAAGAGCUGCACGAGAAGUUUGACCGUCUGAAGAAGCUCCACCAAGAUGAGAAAAAGAAACUGGAGGAAAAGAAGAAGUCCCUGGAUGAUGAGCUCAACACCUUCAAACAGAAAAAGACUGCUGCAGAGCUCUUGCAGAACCAAGCCCAGCAGGCAGGGGGCUCCACCACACUCAAGAGGGACAAAGAGAGGAAAAAUUAACUCCUCCCACACUUGCUGCAUGCUGCAUGAGGCACCUUUUUCUGCUAAAGAUUCCUGUAGAAAAAAAGUGCUCCCUUGUGGCCAUCCUGCUGUGAAUGAGUUUCCACCCCCAUCAUCCUUUACAGUACCCCUUCCUCACCCAACUCCCAUAAUCCAUGCCCCCCCUCCCUCCUUGCUCUGUGGAAGACGCUGGGCAUUGCUAUCAGUUUGACAUCACUUAUGUUUGUUUUUGCUGAAUGACGCUUGUCGGUUUUGUGUUUUCACAAGCCAUUAUUCAGCUUUUAUGCAAAUUUAUAAAAUGCAAUCCAUGUUUGUUUUAUAUUCAGUGAGUCUUUGCAUGAUGUGAGCUUUUUUUUUAUUUUAUUUUUUUAAUAUUAACAUACAUGUCUCCUGUUGAGAUGAGCAGAAAUGUGCUGAGGCUAAAGAGAAACAUGCAUCAGACAGUGGGACCCGAGUGCAGGAUGUGAGAUCAGCUGCCAUUGAUAUGAGGAUGGAUUAAAUUAAUGCUCCAAAAAUAGAUACAACUUCUUAAUAAGCAACAAUAGUCAACAUUGUGAUUUUAUAAACCAAGUGUAACAGCAGACUCUGAAAUAACCACUCAUUGAUGAAUGUUCUGGUACAAGAACAAACGUACUUUUAAUAGUUGUUAGUUGGUGUUAAGUCUAAAGUUAUAAUCCUCAAGAUUUCAGUCCUGGCUCCACAUGUGGUUACACUUCUGACAGGAAGUAUUGGUAUAUACUGUAGGAAACAAAGAACUUCAUUAUGAGGUGUGUCUCAAGCAAUACGGAGAAGAAAAUAGAAGAAAAUAUCUUUUACAACAGAGGCAUGGGCAGAAUUUAAAUAUUUUGCUUCUUCGGUGGUAGCCAGGAGCUCAGCGGUGCUCGCAUUACUCUGCUGUUCUUCACCGCCUAAAGCCCGCCCCAACAAUUUGAUUGACCCCACAGGGUUUUUCCAGGACUUAAUGAAUUCUGAACAGAUACUUUGUGAGCAGGGGAACUUGGAGCUGGUGUCCAGGCUAGAGAACAUUCACAGAGCAGCUACUUUGUUUGAAGAACAGCUUAUAAGCCACUUGUUUACCGGUAAAAAGAUGUGCCACAAAUUGACCUUUCUCCGUCUUCUCCACAGUCUGAUUUCAUGUUGUGCAAGUUGUUUGGUGAUUAAAACGCUUCUUUUGUUGAUGUAUUUUUGAUGAACAAUCGACGAGUGCAUUGUGCUUUGACAGAGCCACUGUGUGUUUUCACCAGCUGAUUGUUUCUAAUGUGAAGCAGCAACGGUGGAAAAGUAGAAGUAGUCAUCCCUUGUGUGUGAAGGCAAUCUAAAUCCAGGAAAAGGGGAGCCCCCACCAUCGGUGCUGCAAAUUAAUUACACAAAAUUAAACAUUGAAUGCUGAAAGAUGGCAACAAUUAAUUUGUUCACGUCCCUUGACUGAUGAUGUUUCAUUUUAUCCUGAUGCAUGAGUAGAUGUGAGCCUAAUCUUUUUGCCACUUCUUCCAUACCUCAUUCAUUGCCAUGUGUUCUGAGCAUAUUUGUAUUAGCUUUGCACUUUGUUUUAUACCCAAAUGUGAUGUGUUUUUUUUUUAUUACUUCAAUAUUAAUGUUAUCAGUGCAAUUGUAACUUUCUUUUUUUUUAUUCGACUUCUUAUAAAGGCACAUUUAAAAGUCAGUCAUUGAUGUUCAUCGUCCUGUAGGGACCACUGUUGUUUGUUUCAGUGUUAACGCAUAAAAAAAAAAAGAAUAAAAAAAGAAUUCGCAAAAGAAAAUAAAGGCCAAUUUUCACCAAA